GUGUUCUGGGGCCCCCACCGCCGCCUGUCCCUAACUCGGGCUGUGCAAACUCCGCGGAAAAGGAACCGAAACCUCCCUCGCAGCUCCUGCCCGCUCCCCGCCCCACGCCAGCGGCUGUUUUGGGCUGAAACCAGCCGAUUUAUGCCAAAUGGCACCGUGGCUGCCCCGUUCCCCGGGCUGACGCUGCCCUUGGUGCCCCGCAGAGCCGCCGAGUGGCAGCUGGAGCAGCCGGCCUGGAGCGGCCGCCUGCGAGUCACGGCCAGGGGCAGCACGGCCUUCAUCAAACUGGAGGACAAGAGCUCGGGAGAGCUCUUUGCCCAGGCUCCCGUGGAGCAGUUCCCCGGCAUCGCUGUGGAGGGUGUCACGGACUCCAGCAGAUAUUUUGUCAUCCGCGUUGAGGAUGGCAACGGCCGCCGGGCCUUCAUCGGGGUCGGCUUUGUGGACAGAGGAGAUGCCUUUGACUUCAACGUGGCUCUCCAGGACCACUUCAAGUGGGUGAGGCAGCAGAGCGAGCUGGCCCGGCAGGCCCAGGACCUGGAGCAGGGACCCAAACUGGAUCUGGGCUUUAAGGAGGGGCAAACCAUCAAACUCAACAUCGCUAACAUGAAGAAAAAAGAAGGAGGGACAGGGAGCACCAGGCCACGUCCUGCAGGGCCUGGGGGCCUGAGCUUGCUCCCACCACCCCCCGGAGGAAAAUCUGGCUCUGGGGAGCGGCCAGCUCCGUUCUCCACACCCAGCCAGCUCCCAGGAACCCCCAUCACAGACUCCCUGUUGUCCUGGCCUCAGCCCGCUGCUCCUCCUGCUGCUGAUGUCUGGGGAGACUUUGCCAAAGCUUCGGGGUCGGCUUCCAGCCAGGCUCAGGGGAGCACAGGCUGGGUUCAGUUCUGAUCCUGACCUUGAUCUGCUUUUCCCCCACGGGGGUGCUGGGAUCCUUGGGAUUCCUUCAGGACCAAAGAAGCAACCUCAGGACUCCUGCCCAGCUCCAAAAUGCUGGGAUCGGUGCUGGAAGGAAACAGCCACACGCCUUAAAACGCUGCACAUGCAGGGCCUGGAUCCUGGGAGAGCUGGAGCCUCCUCCUCCUCCUCCUCCUCUGGGGAAAUCCCUCAGGUCCUUCCCUCUCCUGGAUAAGGGGGGACAGCUCCGAGUCCCCUCAGAGGCUCCUCUGCCUUCUGCUCGUGCUUUUGGGCUGGAUAAAUCCUUCCCUGGGCGAGGAGCAUCCUCCUGGAGCCGUCCCACCUCCCGGAUCCACACCAACCUUUCCCUGCCAGGACGCCAAGCACCGCCUGGAUUUAUUUCUGAGCACUUAACCGGGAUGUGGGGAGCCUGAUCCUGGCCUUUCCAUCCUGAAAUUCCUCAUUUCUUACUCUGGGAAGUUGGUUUUACUCCUCCUCUAUUUUGAAGACACGAUUUUUUACUCCUUUCCAUGGACAUUUUAUUAAGGACAGAACAGAGUCGGGCUCUUGGACACCUCUGGGGUUGAGAUUCCUCUUGAAACAAAUAAAUAUUUUCUUACCUAUUUAUACUGAGGCUUUUCUGAGUACGAAAUCCCACUUAUUUUUAUCCAACCCUUUGGAUUUUCCUUCCCAUUUCCAACUGGAUGACGGGCAUUUUGCUUUCAGAGCUUUCCCCUGGGGCUGGCAGCGAACCCAGGUGAGAAUGUAACGCUUCCAAGUGAACAAUAAAAAUGCUUUUGAUGCCA